AUGGCGUCGUCGACUGCGAGGAAGAUAGUGGUGUGCGGAGGCAAUGGCUUUCUUGGUUCACGCAUCUGCAAGGCCGCCGUACACCGCGGCUGGACCGUGACCUCCAUCAGCCGCUCCGGCGAGCCCACAUGGUCUGCAGUCACCUCCUCCGAUGAGCGCCCUCCGUGGGCCGCCAACGUGCAGUGGCGCCGGGCCAACGUGCUGAACCCGGACGAAUACGCCCAGGAUCUGGAUGGUGCCGACGCCGUCGUGCACAGCAUGGGCAUCCUGCUCGAGGCCGACUACAAGGGUGUGCUGCAGGGCAAGGAGUCGCCGUUCAGCGGCCUCUCGCGGGCUUUCUCUUCGACCAAGCAGGGCAGCCAGAAUCCUCUCGAACGCAAGCCCGGCGAGGAACUUCGGUCACAGGAGAAGGACGGCCAGCUGACGUACGAGCUGAUGAACCGGGACUCUGCAAUCCUCCUCGCCAAAGAAGCCGCUGCCCACCGCGUCCCGACCUUCAUCUACAUCUCCGCCGCAGCCGGCGCCCCUGUCCUCCCCUCCCGCUACAUCACGACCAAACGCGAGGCCGAAUCGACCAUCUCGUCGCAGUUCCCGACGAUGCGCAGCGUCUUCGUGCGGGCGCCGUUCAUGUGGGACAGCUCGCGCGCUUUUACGGUGCCGCUGGCCGCCGCCACGGGCGUCGCGUCGCUGUUCAACAGCGCCGUCGGCGGCCGCCUGACGUGGCUGAUGGGCGCGGGCGGCACGAAGCCGCUCAAGGCGGACCUGGUCGGCGAGGCGGUGGUCGAGGCGGUCGAGGGCGGUGAGGCGAGCGGCCCCGUCGAAGUGCCCGAGAUCGAGGCGUUAGCGACGAAGCAUUGGCGCAGGAACAUGUUGUAG